CUUUAAGUGUCUUUCUGAACUUUAGUUUGAAAGCUCUGUCGCAAAGUGAACAAAUAAUGAUAAUAAACUAUGUUCCAUGAAAAUUAUAAUAUGGAUUUGAUCAAAAUUGAUAAAUAGUGAAAACAUUUUUUUUUCGAAUUUAGCACAUCCGAAACUAAGGCAUCUAAUUGAUAUUAUAGAGCUUAGGGUCAUCCCAUUCAACGUUUAGAUUCGCUAUAUGUUUGUCCUGGCAAAAGAGCCAUAAAAUACAUGCAUUUCCGACGUCCUGCAAUCAUCCAGUGAGUGAUAGAGAAGUAGAGAGACGACACCCAAGGUUCUAUUGAUUUGCCGUCUGUUUCAGCCCUCGUAGCUUUUUUUUGCUUGUGUGUCUCUCCUUUCGUAUGUUCAACAUUACUCAUCCUGCUCACUAGCUCUGUCGGAGCAGGCUUACCUAGUCAUCACGUAUCUGUUCCUAAUAGAUCUACAUCUCUCUUUCACAAUGUGGUGUUGUUACCCGUGGACAGACUUGGAUUAUUUCUUGCUUUAAGUUAUUUACAAAGUGAUACUUUUGUUGUUUGGAUGUGAUCAAUUUGGAUUUCCGCAUGUCUGCGUAUCUCGUGAUCAAAUUAGACGUCAAACUAUGAAACCAUGUACUGUUCUCUGUUACAUUAAUUCUCCACUAAAAUAAGUACGUUUGAAAAUAUGUACAAAUACUUUAAGGAAUCAUUGACACUAUGCAGUAUGGGGAACAUUCAUUUAAAUUUUACGUGUGUGUGUGUUGAUUAGGCGAUUCUAUGCAGAAGUGUUUAGACUAUAAUGAAGAGCACGAGUUCUUGGAGAGCAGUAAGUCUAGACAAUGUAGAGUUUAUAGGAACUGCAGAGCUGUUUCGACCGACAGCUUCUAUCUAAACUUUUCAUCAUGGCUUCAGUACAACAUCACUAGGCCAAAGGGCUGUUCUAUUAAGCUUAUGGAUGACGAUUAUCGGACUAAAUCGACUGGGGGCAGGUGGCUACUCUAGUAUGAGGAUGCUGAAGGUUGAUGUCAAUGACGAUGAGCGACGCCGCUCUAGAACUUCCUUGGCAUCUAUCAUCGAUGAUCUCACGCAUCUUCGAAAGUCUCUUCUUCGACAAAAGUCGGAAGGGGAGAGUCAGAGAUCCUGGGUGGAGAGGACUUUCCACAGAAGAGAAUGUAUCAAAUUUAUUCCAUCUCAUCGAGACCAUUCCAGAUGUGCCUGUGGCCGCAAUGAGCAGUGGCACAUUCAGACAGGAGCCUCUCGAUUGGAGCCUGGGCAGAUUGAAAAAUGGCACCCAUAUAAGCACACUGAGCAACGGGUGACUGAUGCAUAUGGCACCAUUGAGUUUCAAGGAGGCCCACACCCAAGCAAGGCACAGUACAUGAAAUUGAGUAGUCUAGACACACGGCAGGAGAAUGUACUUACACUUCUACUCAAGCACUGGGGUCUGGAUUUACCAAAGCUUCUUAUUACUGUACAUGGAGGUAUACUCAAUUUUGACCUCCAGCCUAAACUGAAAAGGGUAUUUAGGAAAGGCCUACUAAAAGCUGCCAGGACUACAGGGGCAUGGAUUGUGACCAAUGGAACCAACACUGGUGUCACAAGACAUGUAGGGGAUGCCAUCAGUGAUAGAACCACAAAGGCUCGUAACAAGGUGGUAGCUAUAGGGAUAGCACCUUGGGGCAUAGUGGAAAACAAAGAAGAUUUACUGGGGAGAGAUAUAGUUGUUCCUUAUCAUUGCGUUUCUUCCACAAAGACAAACACAUCUGUUUUAAAUAGUAAUCAUUCAUACUUCCUACUGGUAGACAAUGGGACAGUUGGCAAAUAUGGUGGAGAAAUUUUGUUCAGGAAAAAAUUUGAGAAAUACAUUGCUCAGCAGAAAAUUUGUAUAGCUAAUGAUUUCCGUGGCCAUGGGGUUCCUGUGAUCUGUGUGGUGCUGGAAGGUGGGGCCAACACUAUACGUUCUGUCUUAGAGUAUGUUACAGACACUCCCCCAGUUCCAGUUGUUGUAUGUGAUGGUAGUGGUCGAGCUGCAGAUCUUUUGGCGUUUGCCCACAAGUACACUAUGGAUGAUGGAACAAUGGCAGAGUCCUUACGAGAUCAACUUAUCUUGACUAUUCAGAGAACUUUCAUGUACACGCAAGAACAAGCAGAAAAGCUAUUCAUAGAGCUCAUGUUAUGUGUUAAAAAGAAGGAAUUAAUUACAGUCUUCAGAAUGGGUGACAGAGAAGAAUCUAAAGAUAUUGAUCUGGCCAUUCUAACUGCCUUGCUAAAAGGAACUACAGCCAAUGCCAUAGAUCAACUUAAUUUGGCCUUGACGUGGGACAGGGUGGAUAUAGCUCGGAGUCAUAUAUUUGUUUAUGGACAAGAAUGGCCUGAAGGUGCCCUUGAAGUAGCCAUGAUGGAUGCCUUGAUAAAUGACAGAGUUGAUUUUGUUAAACUUCUAUUAGAAAAUGGAGUCAGCAUGCAUACUUUCCUAACCAUACCUCGCCUAGAAGAUUUGUAUAACUCUAGGCAGUCUCCUUCCAAUACUCUUCGUUAUCUUGUCCGAGAUGUUAAGAAGCACGUUCCGUCCAAUUACCGGUACACUCUUCCUGAUAUUGGCUUAGUAUUACAACACUUAAUGGGAGGGGGUUUCAGAGCUUACUACUGCCGCAAGAGAUUCAGACAAAAGUAUCAUGCAUUGAAGCAAACUAUCUCUUAUGCAGACUUCAAGGGAACAUCAGUAGGCAACAUUGUCACAUCCAUACCUCAUCUCAUGAACACCAAGCAAGCAGAAGAACUGUUUCCUUAUCCAUUCCAUGACCUCAUGAUCUGGGCGGUCUUAAUGAAAAGACAAAAGAUGGCACUUUUUAUGUGGCAACAUGGGGAAGAAGCAUUGGCAAAGGCAUUGCUAGCUGGCAAAUUGUAUGCUGCUAUGGCACAUGAAGCUGAUCAAGAUGACUUGGAGAUAGAGUUGUCUGAAGAAUUUCGGCACUAUGCAGAUGAAUUUCUAGGCUUGGCUUUGGAACUACUUGGUCAUUGUUACAAGAUAGAUGAUGACUAUACACAACAGCUGCUGACUUAUGAAUUAAAGAACUUUAGCGAACAGACAUGUCUUGGAUUAGCUGUCAUUGCCAAUCAUCGCCAAUUUAUUGCACAUACUUGUUGUCAAGUUUUGCUCAAUGACCUCUGGAUAGGUGGUCUGCGCAUGAGAAAAAAUACAAGUUUGAAGGUAAUCUUGGGCAUCAUAUUUCCUCCAUAUCUCUUUGCUUUGGAUUUCAAAUCGAAGGAAGAAUUGCAGCUUAUGCCUCAAACAAUGGAAGAACAUUUGGAUGAGCUAGAAGAUGCAGCAAGUGUUGCUAACAUCUCCAUGUCAUCAUUUAGUGAAGACCAAGAUUAUAAUUACAAUGAGGACGUGGCAGAUCCUAUCUCAGCAAUGAACCAACAAAGUCCAUUGAAAGAAAACGGAACUCUGGGAAGCAUGGAUGGAAGCAAUAGUGCGGUGGAUAACACCAUCUUUUCUCACAUGCCCUUCAGGAAAAAGAAAAGUCCCCUUCGGAUGGGCAAAAAAGUGUAUGAAUUCUACAAUGCUCCUAUCACUAAAUUCUGGGCGCAUGCAAUUGGCUAUGUAGUGUUUCUCGUCAUCUACUGCUAUGUCAUACUGGAUAGACUCAAACAGAUACCAACCUGGACUGAGUUAUAUACCAUUGCUUUCAUCUUCACAAUGGGCUUAGAAAAGAUCAGACAGAUCAUUGCCUCUGAGCCAGUCAAUAUUUCAAUGAAACUUCGAGUCUACAUCUCACAACUGUGGAAUCUGCUAGACACCAUUGGCAUAGCUCUGUUUUCUAUUGGUGUUAUUUUACGCUUUAUUCCGUCUACCCUAAUAGAUGCUCAAAUCAUUUACAGUGUCGAUGUCAUUUUUUGGAACAUUAGGAUGCUAGAGAUUUUUUCAGUGAAUAAAUACUUGGGACCUUAUGUGAAAAUCAUGGGGAAACUGCUCAGAGAUAUGUGCUACUUUUUGACCAUCUUGUUCAUUGCUGUCACCAGUUUUGGUGUUGUCAGACAGACUGUACACUUUCAAAAUAAAGAUGUCUCUUGGAGAUUGAGAUUGAGAAAUGUUUGGUAUUAUCCUUACUGGAUGAUUUAUGGAGAACUUUUUGCUGAAGAAAUAGAUCCUUGCUUGGAUGAGACAGCCACAGAUUAUGCAACCCACUGUAACAUAUAUGCCUCAUGGCUUGCCCCAGCUUUCAUGUGUAUAUUUCUGUUAGUAGCUAACAUCUUGAUGGUGAACUUGUUGAUAGCAAGAUUCAAUGCCACAUUUAUCCGAAACAAUGCCAAUUCUAAAGAGAUUUGGAUGUUUCAACGCUAUGGUCUGAUACUGCAGUAUGAGAUGAGACCCAUUUUACCACCACCAUUCAUUAUCUUCACACACAUCUACCUUGCUUUCAAAUAUAUUAAAAGAAGGUGUAAAGGAAAACGGGAUUUCUAUGAUAAUGGACUCAAAUUGUUUUUGUCUCACGAAGACACAGAAAAACUUCAUGAUUUUGAAGAGGAAUGCAUGGAAGAUCUCUACCGAGAAAAAGAGUUAAAACAUCAGAAUUCAUCAGAAGAGAGGAUCAAGUUUAUCAGUGAAAGGGUUGAAAAUAUGUCUCUCCGCUUGGAUGACAUGAACGUGAAAGAGAACCAUCUACGACUAAGUCUCAGCUCAUUAGACCAUCGGAUGAAUCGUAUUGAUGACCUAGAAAAUAGUUUAGAUGAAGCUAUUAGAAUAAUCAAACUUAUGUCUAGUAAAGAAGUGCAUGGCAGUCAAGAAAGUUUAGAUGACCUUCCAAGCCACCUACACCCACCAGUCUAUAGCAGCAACAGUAGUAUCGAUGGAAGCAGUCUUCAUCCACGAACUUACAGUUUAGGCAGCUCAGAUGUUGGGGACAGAAAUGCUCCUUCCCCUAUGCUUGUACAUUCUAAGAAGAAAACCUUAGCAGAUCAGUUGAAAAAGUUUACCAGCAAUGUUCGCAGACGACAGCUAAGUGGGUCAGAUUUCCCAUUAGAUGAAACAGAUCAGUUUGUGGGUGAAAAUGUGGAUAAAGAGCUUCUAGCAGCUACUCGCAACAAUGUCAGGUUUUUAAUCGGAUUGACUAACAUCAGCAAUAGUAAUAACUCCGGAGAGAACAAACCAGAACUUAUCAACCUGAACUCCACUGACCAAGAGGAACCGAGUACUCAUAAACAGAAAAUGAAGAACUUUGCUUCCCAGGCUGUUCGUUUUGUUGAGCCUGUUGUCCAUGCUGCUUAUAACCAGAAUGAGAGACUGCACACAUUGUUCAAACAGCCUUCUAUUGAUGUGACUUCCAAACUGGACUCUGAUACUUACACAACCACUCAGCUGCCUGAGUACAGUAACAGUGUGUCUGAGGCUAAUGUGGAGCUUAGUCCUGCUCAAGAUGAGAUUCCAAUGACUACAGAGUCUCCCAUCUUGCCAGCCCCAUCAACCACCAUUGGUCUGAUAUCCAGGAAAGGGAGAAGCAGCCUAACCAACCAGCCACUGACACUAAAUACAGCUCUGGCUAAUGCAAGCUUCAUACCUUGUUCCAUGCCACAGUCUUCUGCCUGUUUUACAGCUUCUAACUCUGAAGGUCUUCCUCCAGCAGCAGUCAGGGAUCUGACAUCUAUGUUUGCACCUAUGAUUGGAGAGUAUACCAGCAUUACAGAUAACAUAGACACAUCCUGUCUGAUGGACUGCUCACCGCCCUGUUCACCUGCAUCAAACUCUGCAAUGUUUGCUGACAACUACCAUGAAAUGGAUGCCAAACUCAAGGACAGGUCAGCGGCCAGCAGCAAGCAGUUAGAACUGAAACAAGCUGAAGAAAUGGAGCAUCAAAGAAUGGAAUCACUCAUUCGUCAUCGACUUCGCCAGAUAUCUCAGUCAGAUUGGAUAAAGUUAAUGAGACGAGAGUGGCAGCAUCAGCGACAUAGCCAAAGUUGUUGUAGCAGAACUAGCUGCCGAGAGUGCAAAGCAAACUACUCUGGAGGAAGAGUCAGAAGUCUCAGCUCUAGCAGAAGCCGAAGAAGAAGCAGAACUGGAGGAGCAUUUUGGAACUGUGGAACAAAGGAAGAGCAGUUUUGGUGUGGAGAGCCUGAGAAAGUUCACUUCUGGACCAGAGCCAGCUGCCCUGAAGCAGCUCAGCGAUAUAGAAGACGAAGUCACAACAGAGACCCUAUUUUUGUUCAGAGAUCGCGUUCGAAUACAGAUCUCUCAGCCGAGCCAAGACACAGGCGACACACAGUCAGUCUCCAAAUUCCCCUGCUGAAUGAGAAUACAGCACGUCGACACUCUGUCAAUUUGCCUAUUUCCCCUUUGUUGGAUUUACUAACCCAUCAGUUGGACAUGAACAAUCUGGCUAUAGAUGUGGACAAAUUAUUGGACAUGAAAAACAAGAUCAUUAUGUCUAACCCCUAUUUAUUGGUCAAUUCAAAUCAGAAUUUACCAAAACCACCAAUUGAUAUUUUUGUUACAUCUCCAGGUAAUGAAACUUGUGAGUACUCCAGUAAACUUUAAACUAGCCUCUAAAAUGUUUCUUUUGUAAAAUCAUUGUGUAGAAAAAAUAAUUUCAUGAAACAUUUGAAAUGUUUUGGACUAACCUUUAAAACAUACUGUACUUGCAAUGAAUUUGGUUUGAAACUAUAUAAAUGUACAUGAGGCUUCUGAGUUACUUUUUACUGUUUUACAUAAUGCCACUACUUAUCAAUAAAUAUUUCAGAAAGUCAUCUUAUUUUUUAUUUUCCAUGAUGGGUAAUAUUAUUUCCUAAUGAAUGAUUUGUUUUGCUCUGACUAUGAAGGAAUAUAUCAUUGACUUUGUUGUGAACUAUGCAGAUUGUUUGCUGUAGAGAUCUUAAUAACAAGAAGUAUUGUUGACAAAAAUAGUCAUAAAAUCGAGACAGUCCUAAUGUCCACUCACAUACAUCUAUAUUUCCACUUCACUGCAGGCUUCUAGCCAAACAAAGAUCUAUAUUGUUUUCUUUUUUAUUUCUAUGUUACUAUUUUAUUUGAAUUUUUUUUCCAAUAUCUCCUUAUCUCAACGACCUCAAAGUUUUACAAAAUGGAUUAAGGAUGGAUUUUUUUUUGUGUUAUUUAUUAUUUUGAUGAUUAACUCUUUUAACCUACUGAUCAUUUUUAUAUUUAUCUGCUAGGUCAACCAAUGACUUGGCAGAAUUUAAGUCAAUGAUUAACAUGCAUGACUAGAUUAACCUAGGAACACACAUAGAACGCAAUCAGGAAGCAAUCAUCUUCUUUUUUGAAGUAACCUCUGUAUUUUAUAAGACAUUAAGUGUAGAACAAUGCACACACUGAUGUGGGGGUCUGAUAGGAUUAGCUCAUAUCAAGUGUAGAACAAUGCACACAAUGAUGUGGGGAUCAGAUAGGAUCAGCUCAUAUCAAGUGUAGAACAAUGCACACAAUGAUGUGGGGGUCUGAUAGGAUUAGCUCAUAUCAAGUGUAGAACAAUGCACACAAUGAUGUGGGGAUCUGAUAGGAUUAGCUCAUAUCUAGUGUAGAACAAUGCACACAAUGAUGUGGGGGUCUGAUAGGAUUAGCUCAUAUCAAGUGUAGAACAAUGCACACACUGAUGUGGGGGUCUGAUAGGAUUAGCUCAUAUCAAGUGUAGCACAAUGCACAUAAUGAUGUGGGGGUCUGAUAGGAUUAGCUCAUAUCAAGUGUAGCACAAUGCACACAAUGAUGUGGGGAUAUGAUAGGAUUAGCUCAUAUCAAGUGUAGCACAAUGCACAUAAUGAUGUGGGGGUCUGAUAGGAUUAGCUCAUAUCAAGUGUGUAGAACAAUGCACACAAUGAUGUGGGGAUCAGAUAGGAUUAGCUCAUAUCAAGUGUAGAACAAUGCACACAAUGAUGUGGGGAUCAGAUAGGAUUAGCUCAUAUCAAGUGUAGCACAAUGCACACAAUGAUGUGGGGGUCAGAUAGGAUUAGCUCAUAUCAAGUGUAGAACAAUGCACACAAUGAUGUGGGGAUCAGAUAGGAUUAGCUCAUAUCAAGUGUGUAGAACAAUGCACACAAUGAUGUGGGGAUCAGAUAGGAUUAGCUCAGAUCAAGUGUAGAACAAUGCACACAAUGAUGUGGGGAUCUGAUAGGAUUAGCUCAUAUCAAGUGUAGAACAAUGCACACAAUGAUGUGGGGAUCAGAUAGGAUUAGCUCAUAUCAAGUGUAGAACAAUGCACACAAUGAUGUGGGGAUCUGAUAGGAUUAGCUCAUAUCAAGUGUAGCACAAUGCACACAAUGAUGUGGGGGUCUGAUAGGAUUAGCUCAUAUCAAGUGUGUAGAACAAUGCACACAAUGAUGUGGGGAUCAGACAGGAUCAGCUCAUAUCAAGUGUGUAGAACAAUUCACACAAUGAUGUGGGGAUCAGAUAGGAUUAGCUCAUAUCAAGUGUAGAACAAUGCACACAAUGAUGUGUGGAUAUGAUAGGAUUAGCUCAUAUCAAGUGUGUAGAACAAUGCACACAAUGAUGUGGGGAUCAGAUAGGAUUAGCUCUUAUCAAGUGUAGAACAUUGCACACAAUGAUGUGGGGAUCAGAUAGGAUUAGCUCAUAUCAAGUGUAGAACAAUGCACACAAUGAUGUGGGGGUCUGAUAGGAUUAGCUUAUAUCAAGUGCAGAACAAUUCACACAAUGAUGUGGGGGUCUGAUAGGAUUAGCUCAUAUCAAGUGUAAAACAAUUCACACAAUGAUGUGGGGAUCUGAUAGGAUUAGCUCAUAUCAAGUGUAGAACAAUGCACACAAUGAUGUGGGGGUCUGAUAGGAUUAGCUCAUAUCAAGUGUAAAACAAUUCACACAAUGAUGUGGGGAUCUGAUAGGAUUAGCUCAUAUCAAGUGUAGAACAAUGCACACAAUGAUGUGGGGGUCUGAUAGGAUUAGCUCAUAUCAAGUGUAGAACAAUGCACACAAUGAUGUGGGGGUCUGAUAGGAUUAGCUCAUAUCUAGUGUAGAACAAAGUACACAAUGAUUUGUUAAAAUUUUGUUUGUAAAUUAUUUACUUAUCAAGAUAUGUUUGUUGUUUGUUAUUUCUGGGUUUAUGCUAAUGUAUGUUCUUCAUUCCACUAGCAGUUUUCUAAAAGAAUAUUUCAAAUUUUACAUGCAAAAUUUUGAUGUAUCAGAUUAUGUAAGCAUUUAAUCAGUAAGUUUUUAAAAAAAAGCUUAUCUUGUAAAAUAUUUUUCAGGUGUUUUCAAAACAGCCAGAAAAAAAUAAUUACUCUAAAUUACCCAUCUUUUAAAAAAAAUGCAGAACUGUGUAUUUACAAAAGUAUAAAGUAGGCAUUUGAAGUUUGAAUGUAUCUGUAAAAACUUUGGUUGUAAGUAAAAAGAUUUUUCUGAAAAGUAUCUGUACUAAUUUAUAACAUCAACUCUAAAUAUUCUCAUCAAGGAGUCAAAAAAAAAAAACUACUAACAGAAAAUCAAAUAUCAAAAUAGUAAUGUAUUUAUACUAGUAUAGUUAUACACUUUGUUUCUGUAAAUGUUCUAUAUAUAGUGUUUGUUGAUAAAACAAAAGCUUUUUUUUUCUAUCCCUCUUUUUAUUCUUAAUAUUCUAUAGCAAAGUCUAAAACAUUUGUGAUGCAUACAAUUUGUUGUCUUACAUUUGACUUGUGAUUCAUAUGAGUUUAGACUCAACCAUUCUCAGCCCAUUCAAUGCACUCAACCUUUUAUUGUGUAGCCAAGCUCUCAAUACUCACCAUACAAUGGUUGAUCAACAUUUGAAUGGUUUAUUGAAAUGUCUUUAUUAGACACUAGAAGUUUAAUGUAUGUAAGUUUAUGUGAAACUAUGUUGAAAGCCUUUUUAUUCCUUCUGUUAACUUUAUAUAGAACUAAACAAGGGAAUUAAUUAUUUUGUUAAUAUUUUCUUAAAAAUUAAUGUUGAUAAUAUUUGACAAAGUGCUACACAGAACAUAUUCCCCCCCCCCCCCCCCAAAAAAAUAGAUGGUUUAACAACUAUAGACUACACAAUGACCUGUUAAAACAUAUUAUUACACCAAAUUGUCAUCAUAUUUACUGAAGUAAAGUUUAUUUUAAAUAAUGUGGAUAUGUUGAUUGACUCCAUUAUUGUUUGAAUCAAAUUUUUACUAUGUAAAAAUGGUUAUUAUCGUUUCAGAUCAGUUAAUUAAAAUGUGAUCCUGUUUGGUUUAAAAUGCAAUGCAAUCAUUAAUGUUCACUUAGAGUUGAAUUGGUGUGUAUAUACUCUAUUAUUAUACCUCCAUUUCCAGUUUGAGCAAUACUAACAAAUGUUUUAAUGAUGGAUGCCAUGCUUUAAAAGUUGCAACAUUUUAAAGUCUUUUGUUUGUUUUAAACAUAUUUUUACUUGCCAUAUCAUGUCUAUCACAUUUGAAUAUCUUCCAAAUCAUUUUUUUAAUGUUAUCUUUCUUAUACUUGAUAAACAUUUUGGUUGUUAUUGUAAGUUAUAUAGUUAGCUCAACAUAAUGCAAGACACUGAGUAUCAUGGUGAUGAUCACUUUGUUGUGUAGCCUACUUUGUGAUAUAUCAGUUUAUGUGUAUAGGCAUCUAGUUAUUUUGUUGUUCUUUUUUCAUCACCUGGUCCAUUUUAACAUCUGCAUUUGCAAAAUGUUUACUAUUGAAAUGAUGGUUAGAAGUCAAUAGAAAAUGUUUUCUAGUCAUUUAGAAAUAUUUACUUCUCUUUGUUGUUUUAUUCAAUAUAUGCAGCAUUGGAAUAUUCCAGCUGAAUACCCCCCCCCCCCUUUUUCUUGGCACGCAUUUAAAAGGAUUUUUGUCUUUUUAUUUUUUUCUCUACAUCUGUCUAGCUGUGUACUUCUGCUGAGGCAAAAAAACUACAAUGGAUAGGAAAUGUGUUUGUUACAGCAUUACGCAUGCAACUGAAACUAACUCAAAACUGAUUUACUCCCCUUUCCUUGAAAUUAUGCAAAUAUUUUUGUGUUUUUUGCUAAAAAGCAAUGAUCAUGAGAUUGUUUGACUGUUUGGGGCUCCAUUCUAGUAGCUUUGUGAAUGUGAUGAUCAUUUUAGUGCUGUGUCACUUUGAUCUCAUUGAAACUAUCAAAUGUAGGAUUUCCUACCCAGCAAACCUUUUUUUUUGAUUGAUGUAUGAGACAUUAGGUGAGCAACAAUAUUUGUGUUUGGUCUAUAGUUCUUUCAAACAUUGAACACCUUCUUCUUAUCUCUUGCAUUGUGGUCCAUUAUUGCAUAAAGUUAUAAGAAACAUGUGAAUUUUUGUCUCAACUGACUAAAACUUAAACUAAGCACUUUAAUACUUUGGAUGUACUACAAGCUCUUGGAGAAAAAAAAAUACAUUUUUUUUAUAAUCUUUUUAGUUUUCCUGCCAUUCUUUCUCUGAAGUGCUGAGCAAGGGGAAGACAUUCUAAGGGAGACAUAUACUCAACUUGAGUUGUUUAGUUUUACUGACAAUGUCCUGGAGGAAGGGGUAACUCAGUUACUAGGAAUCUUUGUUUUUUAACAUAGAAGUGCUUUUGUCAUAAUAAAUCAAUUUUAUAAUAUUCAAUUAGAUGUGAAUGUUUAUUUACUUUUCACUAGUAAUUGAUCAGUCAUACUGUAUUGUUGUUUAGCUACAUUUUUUAUCAAUGGUUUAAAGUAUAAGCAAUGAUGAAUAGUAGUAUUGUAUUAAACACAUUUUCACAUUUGAGAAAUUAUUCUCAUUUGACUAAUGAAGAGAUUAAUGUAAUGUUAGAAGUGACAUACACCAAAGGCAGAAUCAGAAGUUUUGAAAAUGGUAAGGGGUAUUUUGGUGUUGUUUAAGUGAACUAAAUUAAAUUGUGUACAAUCAUUUUAGAAAAAAAUGAUUAAAUAAUAAUUGUAAAAUAUAUGAAGGGUUUUUUAAUUUAAAAUAGAAAUUCUCAACAUGCAUUUAAGCAACUGUGACAUAAGAAAUUAGUUUGUUUGCUUUUUUUUUUUUUUUUUUUAAACUGUGUUAAAAGUAAAAAAAAAUAAUAAUUAAUAGGUCAGAAGUAAUGAAGAAAGCAACACAACAAUUUGUGUCAAACCCUCAUAUUCCUAGCAUCCUUUCCCUAGCCCUCAUAUUCCUAGCUAGUCCUGAAUAGAAAUUUAAAAGAAUGACGCCACAAUCAGGCUAUAUAUUUUUAAAGUGUAGGAAUAGCUUCUUUGUGAACAAAACUAAAUAUAAUUUUUACUUCAGUAUAGACAAAUUCAACUUGAGAUGAAAAGAAAUAAACUGAUAUUGAAACAAGUCUUAAUCACAAUAACAAUACAUUCUUACACUCUGGCAUCCUUAAGGCGUCUUUCAUACUUAAAACACUGCUUACAACAUCACCACUUCUCUUGCAUCAUUCUACAACACUAACAAUUAAUGCUCCCUACUAACAAUUAAUGCUCCCUUUCUUCAUCAUCACCUUGAAAACACACACACAACCUCUAGGAAGGAGGAUUAGUUGCUCACAAGGCAUCUAUUUGAUCCCCUUACAACUAUUUUGAGGGAAACGGUCAAGUUGCUAAUCCAAUACUCCCACACACACACCCUAUCUCUAUAGGGAAACAGUCAAGUUGCUAAUCCAGCACUCCCACACACACACACACACCCUAUCUCUAUAGGGAAACAGUCAAGUUGCUAAUCCAGCACUCCCACACAUAUGCACCCUAUCUCUAUUUUGUUUUUACAAAUGAUUCUUAGAUUAUUUUUUUUACCUUAGUUACCUUAGCUGCUGAUAAUUUGUAUAUUGGGAGAGCUUAAUAAUAAUAAUAUGUUUAAAAUAUCUGAGCAGCUUUCUUAUUUACCUUAGCAACUGUAAUGAAUAUGUCCUUUUGGUGGGUCCGCCAGUGCUGUGUGUAUUCUAUUAUAGAGAUAAAUGUAAUUACUAAGUAUACUACUAUACACAUGAGUUUCUGAUGAAUUAACUUUUAUUUUCUUUGAAGGCUAAUUACCAGUACUUGAACAUUUUUGUAGAGAAUCAUUAUACACAUAGCCUACUAGUGUCUGUGUUGUUAUUUUAAAUCCAGUACAUUGUUCUGGAUAGGCCAUGUUUGGGAUUAACAAUGUCCUACAUUAACUGUUUUGUUUAAUAAAGAAAUAAAAACAGCUGA